GCUUCCCGAUCCCCGACUCCCCUUCCCUCGUACGGUACCUCCCUCUCAUCCUUCUUCUCUCUGCCCUUCCCUCGCUCGCCCGCUCCCCCCCGCCCUUCGCUUGCCGUCCCACUCCCCUUGCUUCCGUGGCGCCCACGCCGCGCACGCGUGCUCGCCUCGCCUCGCCUGGAGACCCGUCUCCGCCGCCCUCCCGCGUCGCGGCGCAAGAGGACACAACUGAAUUUCGUCAGUGGCGAACCGCAUUUGCCUUUGGUGUGACAGCUGAAUCUUUGUGGUUCAAAGGCGAUUGAUUUGGGUUCAGUGACGCCUAAUGAGCUCCCAAGUCUCCACAUCACGGGGUCUUCACCCCCCGGGCAAGCUUGGGACAUUUGAGUCGCCCCAUGCCUGGCCGCUGCCAGCGCCUACAGCCCAGCCCGAAGCGGGCCGUGGUGAUGAUCAGGAGGUCAGGCUGUUGUCGGUUGCCUGGAACCAGGAUUGUGGAUGCUUUGCUGCUGGUACCAGCAACGGGUUCAGGAUCUUUAACUGCGAACCUUUCAAGGAGACUUUCAGGAGGGACCUUAAGAGCGGCGGGUUCGGGAUUGUCGAGAUGCUGUUCCGUUGCAACAUCCUUGCUCUUGUAGGCGGCGGCUCCAAUGUGCAGUACCCGCCGAACAAGGUGAUGAUCUGGGAUGACCACCAGAGCCGUUGCAUUGGAGAGUUCGCCUUUCGCUCUGAUGUCCGGGCGGUAAAAUUAGCAAAGGACUACAUCGUGAUUGUCCUCGAGCGCAAGAUAUUCGUUUACAACUUCACCGAUUUGAAGCUGCUCUACCAGAUUGACACCCUGUCAAAUCCCAAGGGACUUUGCUGCCUCUCUCAUCAUUCCAAUACUUCAGUUUUGGCCUGCCCUGGGGUGCACCAGGGGCACGUUCGCGUGGAGCAUUUCGGGCUGAAGAUGGCGAAGACAAUCCCAGCUCAUGAUUCACACAUCUCUUGCAUGUCACUGACAAUGGAUGGUCUUCUACUGGCAACCGCAAGCUCGAAGGGCACUUUGAUCAGAAUAUUCAACACAAUGGAUGGCACUCGCCUACAAGAGGACAUGCAGGUACGCAGAGGUCUUGACAAAGCAGAAAUAUAUAGCAUUGCGUUGUCACCAAAUGUGCAGUGGUUGGCAGUGUCCAGCGACAAAGGGACUGUUCAUAUUUUCUCCCUGAGAGUCAGAGUUGCUGGGGAGGAUGCAAGCAGUGAGCAACGCGCUCUUGAAGGUCCACGGAUGGAUCACCAGAAUUCUUCAAGUUCUAUCGAUCCUCUUAUUCAGGCGAACACUGGAUCCAAUGCGAGUUCAUCACUGUCUUUUAUGAGAGGGAUCCUGCCGAAGUAUUUCAGUUCAGAGUGGUCAUUUGCUCAGUUCCAUUUACCAGAAGUCACUCGUUAUAUAGUAGCCUUUGGUGCCCAGAAUACUGUGAUGAUGGUUGGCCUGGAUGGCAGCUUCUACAGGUGCAGCUUUGACCAAGUGAAUGGAGGGCAGAUGUUGCAGAAGGAAUAUUUCCGGUUUCUUAAGUCCGACAACCCACCUUUCAGGACCGCAGCCGCUUGACCUGCAUGAUGAUCAUCCCACCUUGUAAAUACCGAAGGUUGUGCCCGGUCUAUUGUACAUAUCAUCUUCUCGCCGGCUAAGUUAUAGGCAGCCGGAAUAAUGAGAGCUGGCUGUUGGAUCGCAACCUACAGGAUUUCAACGUUCAGAUAAGAUUUCUGAAGCGGUUGGUGUCCCAUCCAAAUUGCAAGCAUUAUUUGCGUUACUCUUGUUUUCUUCAAACGAGAACACCCAUUGGUACAUAUAACAUAAAAGUUCAAUAACGUUGACCAUGUGGCAUUGUGCGUCUGCAAGGUUGUGUAACAAAUCUCAGACAUGUUCUUGCCUGUGGCUUAUUAUUGAUCUUGAUGACUGUUACGUACUA